AAGUGCGCUCUGCAAAAGCUUUAGAUCAGCUCCGAAAGACCGAGUCAAUAGUAUUUCGCUGAUCGCAGACGACUGGCGCACUGCAUAAACAUGAAGCUCCUGUGCCUUGCUGUGUUCGCCGGCGUAGCGUGCCUUGCCCUCGCCGAUGAAGCCAAAAAAGACGAGAAGGCUGCCGGAAAGGACGAGAAGGUCGAAGCCCGCGGAGGUCUCAUCGGAGGGUAUGGUGGCGGUCACGGUGGCGGGCACGGUGGCGGUCACGGUGGCGGUCACGGUGGCGGACAUGGAGCCGGCUACGGGCAAUCUUCCGGAGGCUACCAAGGUGGCUUCAAGCAAGGAGGUGCAGGAUACAGCCAGGGCUCGGCAGGCUUCGCUGGAGGCGACUCGUCUAGGAACGUUCAGGGCUACAACAACCAGCAGGGGUACAGCUCCAGCUCAGGCUUCUCAAAGACCGACAAGAAUCGCCACGGAAGCGGUUCUAGCCAACACUCGGGUGGCUUCGCUGGUGGCUCCGCGGGUCACAAGUCUGGUUUCGGAAGCCAGCAGCACGGCCACGCUGGCGGAGGCGGCUAUUAGAAGGUCUGAAGCAUCACCUCUAGUCGUCUUUUAAACAUCGCCUACUGUUAUCCUCUACUCUCGUGCUCUUCCAUACUCCACCGCAAGACAGAAGAAAAUCACAGACGCUGAGAAAGAAACUUCAGAUCAAGCUACCAAACAUGAAAAUGCAACGCCAUAGAACGUAAAACCGUUCUUUCUUUAAAAGAGAUUGUAUUUUUAUAAUAAAAGUAUCCACUUGUA